AUGGCUAUCAGCCCGGCUCUGGACUCCCGAACUCCGACUCGCCUGGAGGCCCGGUUAGAUUGUUCCGGUGCUGAUAGUGAUUUGGAUCAAUGCAAAAAACCAAUGGGCUCAAGCUCUUUGACGAUUGUCAUCACACUCGGUGUCCUUAUCCCCCUCGUGGUUGCAUUUUUUGUUCUGAUCUAUUUGCAUCGCCGGACAACUAAGAGGCAUAAGUUGGAGGAUGAGGCCGAGAAGUACAAGUCCUUGGAUUUUGGACUUGAAGAACAUAAGACGAAGGGUGGCAAGCGAAAGAGUGGAUUGAAGGAGACCAAGCUUGGCCACAAGGGACAACUAUCGAUGGACGACAUGAACCUGUCGAGUCCGUACCUGCUGCCUCCAGGACUUCAAACGUCGCGGGAAUCGCUACACUCUCUGGCACGAACGCUGCACCAGAACGAGGACCCCUACCGCCAUGUCAAGUACGCCGAUAGCGAAGUGGGAUCCCUCCGAUCCUUCAACAAGGGAGUUGACGGCUCAUCCGUGUACACGGGUAAGACCUACACGGGAAGCGACCGCGACUCGUCCCAUUCCCGAUCGAUCCCGCCUCCCCGACAGGGCUCUCUGCCGUCCACCCGCCAAAACUCUCUUCCGUCCUCGCCUCUUGCCUCAGUUCCUCCCGCGGCUCUCCAUGCUGAGAAGCCAGAUGCUAUCCAUCCCCUGGCAUCGUCAACAAACAACGAAGUCCAGUUCCACGAGGGCAACGCCAUUACGCCUCAGGUUGCUAGGGUGUCAUACACGGACGAACCCUUGGAAAUGCCUGCGAUGCCCCAGGAACCAGCACCAGUAGCCCAAAAGGUGGGACCCAGAGGUCUGCCCAACCACCCCCGACCAGCUGCGAAUGAGCCCACAAUGGCACGCGAUAGAGACUCUUCGGUCCUCCCGUCAGUUGCACCACAAGGUCUCGGCAUCUCGGACAAUCCUCAAGCACCACCCACCGAGGCAUUGCCCGCUAACCCCAAACCUGCCGGACCAAAUGCGUCACGUGUGGUUUCUGACGCCCCUUCGGAAUAUGAGGACUACGCAAAACACUUUCAGGCCGAGGCCGAUGACCACGAGCCCCGUGGCCGCCAGAUGGACAGACAGGCAGGCGACAUGGGGCCUCAAGCGGCUGGACUAGGAGUACCGCAGCAAAACAAUAAGCGGCUCUCGGUGGGUUUCCGACCUCUGCCCCCUGACGAGUACCUCGAGUCGGAGGAUCCCGAAUUCCGUGCCAACAGGAUUCGAUCUUUCUACAAGGAGUACUUUGAUGGUGGCGAUGAGCCACGACCGCCCAUGCCCCAACCUCAGAACGCCCAGUACUAUGAGGACUACGAUGCUGGCUACCUGGGAGACGCGACCUUCUUCGACCCAGACUCUAAUGCCUUCGUCAUGCCGUAUGCUGAGCCCGUCACCCGCCGUGCUAUGACUCCGCCGCCCAAGAGCAGACGACCCAUGCCACCACGACCGAGAGGACCUGGAGGACCUGGAGGACCUGGUGGACCUGGUGGACAAGGCGGGCCUCGUGGACCCCAUGGCUCAUUCGGCCCAGGUGCACCUGGAGGCCAAUAUGGCCGACCGCGCGCCGGUUCCGCCAUGUCAGCCGGUCGGUUCGGCCCCAUGAGCCCUCGUCCGAACUCUUCUGCUUCCGCACGCAUGGGCGCGCCCGGAAAACCACGCAAGCCUAUGCCCCCACCCGCCCCCUUGAGCACUCUGCCUACACCCUCCAAGCUCCGCGAUGAUUCGUUCGCCCUGUUGGGAGCUGUUGAGUUCGCACCUCCUCCUACCUUCAAAGACCACGCAGCAGGCCGCUCUCAGAGCCCCGUCGGCGAGCGUCGUCCCUACGCCAUGAAUGUCCCCGCGGCCUCGCCCCUGGUGAGCGCCUUUGAGGAGAUUGCCACACUACCUAGCCCCCAUUUGUUGCGCAAAUCUGCCACCUUCACAGGCCUCGACUUUGCUCCUCCACGUCGGUUCAAGGACCCCGACUCCAUGAGCGACGCAGGCAGUAUUCGCAGCAUGGGAAGCGGCAUCUCGUCCCGCAACCUUGGCGCCAUCCGCAACGGUGCCGGCCGCGUCAGCCGUCUCCCUGGCGACGAGGUCUUCACCAGCGCUCAGGAAGUCGACGUCCUGAAGCCGCAGUGGGGCAUGCGUGCUUAA